AUGGUUGGGGACAUGGGAAGCAGUCUAAUGAGCGCACGAGGGUACGACAGUGAUGCCCAGUGCAUUGGGAGUCCUCAGGAUGCCGACCGUAUGAGACCGUUGCCCAGAGGCCCGGCGUUUCCCAGAAUGGGGUUGCAUGAUCUAAUAGAGCGCAGUCGUGAGCGAAAUGAUUUGGAGAUGUGGGCGGGGACCAAAACGCAUGACCAAUCCGAUAUCCCAGGAACCCCCUUUGGGAUGCAUUAUAUACCCACGCCACCAGGAAGCCAGAGGGGGCGCUCAGCUUACCCUACUUCUGCGGCUGAAGGCACAGGUAGCCAGUCCGUGCCUUCAUUCAAAAACGAGCAGUCGGGCGAGCAAAACAUCUCCACGAAAUCUCUUCCAAGUCUUCCUACCAGUCAAGGGCUGGAUCCAGCAAAAGAAGAUCGCCUCAGAUCUCUUGAAUGCUUGGUAGGCACCAGCAGCUGUGAGAACCAUCAAAAUCUUGUGCCUAACUGGGCUCAAUACAUGGGAUCAAAUCCCAAUGAUUAUCGUGCCGCACCUUCGAUCUCGCUGGCCAGGGAAGAUCCGGGAAUUAUGGUUUCCAAAACACGACAGCCAACAAGUUCUCCGGGAGCACACUCUGAGGCCCGAGUACCGCAUCUUGGUGAUCUAGAUCUUUCGCACAGACUCGUUGGGACAAGCAUGGGGUCCGGACCGCGAUCAGCUAAUCCAUCCAUGUCAGAACUGCCACGUGCGAAUAGGUAUGGGCCACAAAUGGCAUCGCAAGAGAACUCUCAACCCCACGAGAAAUCUGGAACACCAACACUCGUGGCCGCCGAGCCCCAGAAGGAGGAUAUGCAUCAUCAACGAGAUGCAUCCUCUUUCUAUUCGCGCCAAAGCAGUAACCUUUCGCGGGGGGCAUCUGCCGUCCAAUCGCUGAGAGUCCAUGCUGCAAAUGCAAUAGACUGUUUACCCAGUAUUCAUACACAAAUAGUAGCUGACACUGGCUCGAUCCAAAAUGAACUGGAACCAGCUGCCGAGGUUGUGAAAAGCAAGUUUGUUGAGCAACUUGAUGCGGCAAACUGGGAAUCACCCCAGCUUUAUGGAGUUUCCAAUGGCGCUAACGGUGGCGGUCCACAUCGCAGAGUCAGUCCCGGCUGGAUGACCGGGGGCCGCCGAAUGGGCUAUGGGUACAACUUAGUGGACAAUGCCGAAGAUCACCCACCAACAGUUGGAAGGAACAGCAGUUCAUUUUCGAACGGGAAUUGGCACAGAGACACUUCAGGACCCAGGCCGGGAGGCUUUAAUGGGCAAGGGCUGAAAUUAUCGACCGAAAAUCGGACCGAUCUGACAUCAUCAGCCCAUCCAUCUACUCCUGACCGUGAUUGCAAGAGAUCUGACAGCCGAUGGUCUCCCAUGAACAAAAGUUCUACCAAUGCCAAGCAAGAGCCCGUUUUGACACCGACUAUGUGGGCCAAAAUGAAAAGCCAUUCGGUUCGAGAUAAUACUCACGCACCACUGGCAGUGGAUUUGGCUGGUGAAGGAAUGAGUGCAGGUGACGCCCGCCGUGAAGGCUCAAUCCGCGCACAGCACAUUGAGUCACCAACUUCUGUAAAAACACCGAGUUCUGCAAAGAGUUUUUAUAUCGAAGACGUCGACGAAACGUUGUUAUGUCGAUGGGUGAAAGCCAGCCGGUCCACACGCAAACCACCACAGUUAGACAAGUACCACGAUUCGACCCAUGGGCGCAAUGUCUGUACUCCAGACCCUUCACCACUAGGCAAGCGCCGCUUCUCGAUUGAUCAGACGAACAGCCGGCCAUCCGUGUAUUUCGAUCCGUCGAAUGACAAGAGUGCAGACAGGUUAAACGGAGAACCUUCCCGCUCUCGCAGUGGACGUUGGAUACUGAGAUUUUCCAGAAACAGGGAAAGCAAGAGACGUUCGAACCUCCCUCCAAGAGAACCACCUCAGGAAUCGCCAGUACAGUACCAAGAGCGUCCGUCGACUGACCUGGGACGAGCAAACUCUACCAGAAGUGAUGUGGCAGAGGAUCUUGCGAAUUCGUAUCAGGAGUGCAUUGGAAUGCCCGGGGCUUUUUAUGGCAGCCGGUGGGCGAGCCGAACAAGUCUGGUGGUGGAGGCGGAGGCAGAUUGA